AUGGAUCAAUUAAACGUUAAAGAACAACAAGAAUUCCAACAAAUCGUUGAACAAAAACAAAUGAAAGAUUUCAUGAACUUGUACUCAAACUUGGUAUCUAGAUGUUUCGACGACUGUGUCAAUGAUUUCACUUCAGGUAAUUUGACUUCCAAAGAAACUUCAUGUAUUGCCAAAUGUUCUGAAAAAUUCUUGAAACACAGUGAACGUAUUGGUCAAAGAUUCCAAGAACAAAAGUAUGUAUCACUAGAUAUGCUUCGAUAUUCGUUAUUCAGUUUGACAAAAGUACUAACCUUUCUUCUAGCGCUUUAUUGA